GUGAACUGAGUCUGAGCAAGCUAACUACGGUUUCUAUGGAUCUUUAGGAGGCGGCAUGUUGGAAUCAGAUCACUGCAGACAGACAACCAACACGUCUGACCUCACGCUAGGCUAGCCGUGGUUUGGACAGACACAGAUCACUGGUCCACAGACCAAACCGACGUUUUGCCUUUUUUUAAUAGAAAUAAACCUUUUUAGUUCAUUGCUACGUGUGUUAUAAAUACUUAGUGAUGGUGGGUAAGAUGGGUGGAGAAGCCAUGUCUCACCUCAACAGCUCCUCAGGUAGCGUGGAGCCCUCGCUGUACUACCCCGGCCAGAAACGACCAGGAGAGGACGGAGGUAACCAGCUAGCAGCCAUGGGGCACCAGAGCAGAGUACUCACAGAGGAUUACAAGGUCCCCGACAGGAUGGUCGGCUUCAUUAUUGGAAGAGGAGGUGAACAGAUCACCAGGAUCCAGUUGGAGUCCGGCUGCAAGAUCCAGAUUGCUGCUGACAGCGGCGGUCUGAUGGAGCGACCAUGUUCCCUGACUGGAACUCCAGAGAGCAUCGAGCAGGCGAAGCGUCUGCUGGUCCAGAUCGUGGAUCGCUGUAGAAACGGUCCGGGUUUCCACGGCGACGGUGAAGGCGGAGCCUCCGUGCAGGAGAUGCUGAUCCCGGCCAGUAAGGUGGGACUGGUGAUUGGCCGAGGUGGAGACACCAUCAAACAGCUGCAGGAGCGAGCCGGGGUCAAGAUGAUGAUGAUCCAGGACGGUCCGAUGCCGACAGGAGCCGACAAACCUCUCCGCAUCUCUGGAGACCCGUACAAAGUGCAGGCAGCGAGGGAGUUGGUGUUGGAGGUGAUCCGGGAGAAGGACGGAGACUUCAGGUCAGGACGCAACGACUUCAGCGCCCGCCUGGGAGGAACCAACCUGGACUCCGUCUCUCUGCAGGUCCCAGUCCCCAGGUUCGCCGUCGGCAUCGUGAUCGGCAGGAACGGAGAAAUGAUCAAGAAGAUCCAGAAUGAUGCAGGAGUCCGAAUCCAGUUUAAAGCAGAUGAUGGCAUCAGUCCAGAGCGUGUUGCCAUGGUGAUGGGUCAGCCAGACCGCUGUCAGCACGCUGUCCACCUCAUCAAUGAGCUCAUCCAGACCGCUCAGGAGCGUGACGGUUUCGGCUCGUCCCUGCGGAGCGGGAGGGUCAGAGGUCGUGGUGAUUGGACUAUGGGCUCUCCUGGUCCCCUACAGGAAGUGACCUACACCAUCCCUGCUGACAAGUGUGGCCUGGUCAUCGGCAAAGGAGGAGAGACCAUUAAGAGUAUUAACCAGCAGUCUGGAGCUCACGUGGAGCUGCAGAGGAACCCUCCCCCCUCCACCGACCCCAACACCCGGGUCUUCACCAUCAGAGGCACCGCCCAGCAGAUGGACCUGGCCCGCCAGCUCAUAGACGACAAGAUCGGGGGUUCAGGUAUUAUGAGUAACGGAGGUUUUGGCUUCAGUCCCUUCACCCAGGGUCCGGCUACACACCAGAACUGUGGCAGCGGUCAGACCUUUCUGACUGGCGUUUGGGGGAACACCUACCAGACCAGCUGGCAGAACCCUGGACAACAAGACCCUGGUCAGCAGAGCCAGCCUCAGAGCUUGAUGACAGACUACAGUAAGGCCUGGGAGGACUACUACAAGAAACAGAGUCAGUCGUCUCAGCAGAGUUCGGUGCCAGACUACACUGCAGCGUUAGCAGAAUACUACAGACAGCAGCAGCCCUACCUGUGGAACGCCGCCCAGAUACAGGUAACACAGGGAGCUGACCAGGAAGCUGCCAGCUCACCUGGACUUCACCUGCUGCAGGAUCACUAGAGGCUCCUCCCUCACCGGUGAAGGCCUCGGAUGGUCGUCGACGGCAACCGAAUCGGGGUUUCCUAGCAACGCUCUGCCGCUUCCUCCUUCCUUUUGUAGAGAAAAACUAAGGAUUAACUGAAAAAUCACGAACUCUUUUCUUUUCUGUUUUUUAACCUUACAAAGUUGAUAUUUUGUCGGGCAGAUUUUUUUGGACUAGCCUCUGGUCUCUCUCUCUCCACGGUGUAGACCUGUUUUUUCUUUUUGUUUAUUUUUUAUCAAACUUGAACUUAAAGAUGUAUCAGUGUGGCUUUGAACAAAAAAAAUCCAGUAUAAUCUAUAUUUUGUCUAGUUUUAUUUUCCAAUAAGAAAACGGUAUAAGGCUUAGCAGUCUUGAGUAAGAGAAUCAGAUAUUAUUAUUAUUAUUAUUAUUUGUUAUGAUAAUGUUUUAAAGCAUGCGUCAGAUUGUGUGUUGACUCUCAGUUAUUUCUUUUUAUUUUUUUUAUUUUUUUUUGGCAUAGAAAUAUUUUAAUAGCGUCAGAUGGAAAUUUAAUGUUUUACCGUCGGAGACAAAAAGUGUUUUUUGUACUAAAUUUGUGCUCGCUGGGUCUGUUUGUUCUCCAUCUAAUUUUACCUGUUUAGUCGCCAUCUUGGAGGUGCAAUGACGCGUUUCUUGUUUUCUUUUGGUUUGAUGAUAGUUCUUAUUCCUGUAUCUCUAUAGUGAUUCUUUAGUUUUAUGAUGUAAUGAUGAAUAAAUGACGAUUUAUAUUGCGUUGUCUAAAGCCA